AUGGUUCUUGGCAAGAAUUUUCUGGUUAUUUUCUGUUCUUGCGUUUUAUUUCUUGCGCAAUGCGCUUAUUUUCUAAGUAUUUUUACAAGGAAGCCAAUGGGAAAUGUGGUGGAAAUUCCAAUUGCAAAUUUUACAACUGAAUUAAUUCCUGGAGAUAGCAUUACCAAGUUCAUUCCUCCAUUUGUACCCCUGCUCAAUGACUAUGUGGUAGCAGAGGGUUAUAGUUUACAUGGCUGUAUCGUUCGAAAAAGUAUGUCUCAACUCAAUACGAAUAUUAUGUGUUACCUGAACAACACAAGUCUCUAUGAACAGCAAAAUCAUACUUUAUCAGAUACAUGGGAGGACAGGAAACACCCUGAGAGUCGAUUUGUCUCAUUUUUCGUCGAUAAAUGUAUUAAUACCAAUUCAUGUUACGAUUGCAAAGAUGUUAGUUGUGCGGUGAAAAUGAUUUAUGAGAGACUAAUGUAUCACGUCAAAAACCGCCAUUUGAUUGACAAAGACGAUGAGCCAACUUGGUGGUUUGACUGGCACGCGGCACCUCAAACCUGGAAUUGUGAUUUCUACAAGUACCUUACUGAUUAUCAUCUUAUCAAAAUUGGCACCACACAAAAAGAUCGAAGAUUUGCGAUGAAGCAGUUGCAGAAGGCUCUAAAGCUGGCUAACGUCGAAGAUGAAUACGCCAGGAAAAUUGCUGAUGACACGCUGAAGAGUGACACACGACAUGGAACUCAUAAGUCUGAUUGGAGCAAGAAAAUUUUGGAGCAGGUGCGCAGUGAUCCUUAUGUCCGUCACUAUCUUCACAGAAUAUAUUAG